AUGGCGAGCAUACCAUUUCGAGCCAGGCCAUUGCGAGCUGUUAGCCGUAGCGUCCAGGCACAGAGAUGGGCAUCAUACGACAAGUCUGCGCUCACGAAAGACGCAUUGAACCACAAGGUCGAAUCGGGCCUCGGGGCCGGUAACGGCGAUGCUAAUCUGCUUCUAAACACGGAGGAAAAAACUAUAUCAACGGCUACAGGCGAUCUACCACUGUCCCCCCUCUUUGAUUCUGACUGGAUAAAGGCGCGCCGACGGUCACGAAAGCACAGCCCAAGCAAGGCUACGGGUAGAUUUAGGAAGAAGCUGGCCAAUAAUCCGUAUGCCCAAGCUCUAGCGACUCCGAUACGCCGAUGUCCCAAUACUGCAAUCUCCUUGCCGAGGUACUUCUUCCAAGACUUUGAACUUGUUAAGCAUCCACAAGACGAUUCGCCGUGGUGGGCUCCCGGUCCUCUGGCAUUUGAAGGCCUCAUAUACGAGAAGAUACCCUCGAAAGAUAAAAUACAAGGUGCAUACUCGGAGACAGCGGCACCGCAGGCCCAAGAAUUGGGCGCCGACACUCAUGCUUCUACAGCCGCUUCAAGCACGCGUCCAAGAAAAAGUCCAGUUACAAGCUACGCCUUGUCUCGAAAAUCGGUCAUAGACAGAAUUGGUGGCCCAAAUAGAAAGCAUGCGGCCCUGCUUCUAGCUACGCGAACCGGCAUGGCCGCGGGGCCAAACACCAAAAACCCCGUCUGGAGGCAAGACAUGGGUGAUGUCCUUUUGCGAAUGAUGCGACGUCAGGCGGUCGAUGCUCUGGUUUGCCAAUCCGGAAUGAAGGGCGACGGGCAGGAAAAACUAAUCCAGCCUUGUACGAAGUGGGAUGCAAUCAAAGAGGUCCAGCCUCGUGGAUGUGUGCUGUGGUUACCAAGUGAAGAGAACUCUUCUACCCAGUACGCGACACUUGAUCUGGACGGCGCAAAGUAUGGAGGCAAACUCACGGUGCAUAAUUUGCACUGGCUUCUUGGAGAGGAUGAGCUUGCAAGACUAAUAGGUGCGUCCGAGCUGUUUCAUGACAAUGAGAUUCUAGUUUUGAAGCAGUGGAAGCGAAAGUCGGUCAUGAAGCUGCAUCUCUUGCUGUGGCGAUUGCAGGGGUAUUUGGCACAACCACCCUGUCUCUGA